GCAACAGUUCUUGUUUUUUAUCGUUUUGUUUUCUUCCUCAAAAGCGGGCAAGGGGAAGUGACAUGACUUGUGGCAUCCCCUUAAAUCGUUGGACUUUGAGGCUGGUAGGACUAUUGCUGCAGACAGUCUGAGAGUGGUAAGUGCUCACUGAACAUCCGGAGUGCAACCGGGAGACGGUUUAACGUUGUGGAGCUAGCUACUCAGCGGUGAUUCACCGGUAAAAGAACCUCCUCGCCCCCUACCUCGCUCGCCCACACCGACCCUUCCCCCCCCCCCAGCGCGCGCGAUGGCGUUCUCCCCCUCCCAGCUGUACUACGCCUCCCCCUACACCUCCUCGUCCCUCGUCUCCCCCUUCUCCCUCAACCUCAGCUCCACCGCCACCCCCUCCGCCCCCCUCGCCCUCACCCCGGCGCCCCAGCGGGCCUCGGCCGCUCUGGGCGUGGCCAUCCUGGUGCUGGCCUUCGCGCUGGGUUUCCCCGGCAACCUGUUUGUGGUGUGGUCGGUGUGGUGGCGGGUGAAGAAGCGCUCCGUCACCUGCCUGCUGGUGAUGAACCUGGCGGCGGCCGACGCCCUGGUGCUGCUCAGCGCGCCCCUCUUCCUGCGCUACCUGCUCGGCGGCCGCGGCUGGGAGUUUGGCGCGGCGGCGUGCAAGCUGGUGCACUACCUGUCGAGCGUCAACAUGUACGUGUCCAUCUACUCCAUCGGCCUGAUGAGCGCCGACCGCUGCCUGGCCGUCACCCGGCCCUUCCUGGCGCACCGGCUGCGCACCAAGCGCAAGCUGAUCGGGCUGCUGCUCGGACUGUGGACGCUCAGCUUCCUGCUGUCCCUGCCCAUGCCCUUCUACCGCAGCAAGCAGCUGAUGCCGAUCAGCGCCAACCGCUCGGUGCCCAUCUGCAGCCAGGACCACGGGAGUGGGGUGGAGCACCGGGUGUUCCAGUACCUGUUUGAGACGGUGAUGGGCUUCCUGCUGCCCUUCGCCUUCAUCGUUGGCUGCUACGGCGUGGUGGUGAACCGCCUGCGCACCGCCAUGUUCCAGAAGAAGGGCCAGAGCAGCCGUCUCAUCCUGCUCAUCGUGGGCGCCUUCGGCCUCUUCUGGCUGCCCUACCACGUCAUCAACGUCAUGGAGAUCUACGGCGUGCUCCAGGGCGACGAGGCGGUGGUGCGGGCCGCCGACCAGGGCCGGCCCACCCUCACGGCGUUCGCCUACUUCAGCAGCGCCGUCAACCCCAUCCUGUACGUGUUCGCCGGCAGCUCCCACAUCCGCGCGGCCGGCCUCAGCUUCAUGGGCCGGCUGUUCGAGGGCACCAACUCCGAGAGCCGAACCACCAGCACCACGAACCGCACCCGGUCCAGCCGCGGGGGGUCCACCGCGGCCGGCGUGAUGGGGGCGGCGGCGGCGUUGGAGGUGGAGGGCUCCCCGCUGCGGGCGGUGUCGGCCGCGCUGGGACCUGCGGCCGGCGGCGGGAAGGACGGGCGCUACCGCUCGGAGUUCAGCGCCUUGGCCACCAUAGAUCAGUCGGAGUAGCGUUGGGGGGGGGGGGGGGGGGGGAGCGGGGGAGAGAGGAAGAAGAAGAAGAAAAAGAAGAAGCGGGAAUGCUGGUCCUUUUUUUUCCUUUUUUUUUUCAUGUUUCUUUGAAUUCGUUGUAAUUUUGACAAAAUGUUUUCUUAAACUGAUUUUAUAUCUUUCCCUACAUAUUGUAUGUUCCCUACGAUAACACCUGCCUACCUGCAUAGAUGUUAGGGCCCAAACCUGUGUUUCUCCCUACGGUGACACCUCUUGGAGGAUGGGAAAAGAGAGACUUUUAGGGCGCUUCCGUAACCCGGUUCUCUGAGCAACACGAGGGGAACGUCACGCUACAGGAAGCGGCCACUGCUGGAUUCACAGAAGCAUUGAUUAUGAUGACACUCCUGAUGUCUUUAAGAUGGCUAUCUAUGGCUCUUUGGUUUAACAGCGAGGCUGUUAAACCGCAUGGGAGGGGAGAAUGCAAAGGAAACGAGCAGACUCUAUACCAACUUCUCUUUUUUUUGCGAAAGAGCGUGUACCCUGUGUGGGGCAAGGCGCUUAUGUUCGUCAGCAUUCUGUCGACGCAGCUGUCAGAGGUGGGAUUGGUGAUAGGUCAGGAUGUGGCAGUUUAACAUUUUUUGAUUCUCUGAAUAGAAUGUGUGAAUGGAUGUGCGAGACACUGAACCGUGUGGAGCUGUCCCUGGAACCCUGUCUCUGCAGACGUUCCAGUGAAGGAUCGUUCAGUGUGCAGAGAGUGUCCAGUUAGAGGGUCCAAAGACAGAGUGCACAGACAGUGGGCAGAGACAGUGUGCAGAGAGAGUGUGCAGGAAGAGUGUGCACAGAGAGUGUGCAGAGAGAGUGUGCAAGGACAGUGUGCAGAGACGGUGGGCAGAGACUGUGGGCACAGACAAUGUACAAAGACAGUGUGCAAUGUUAAAGGACAGUGUGCAGCGAUACCCCUCUGAUUAUGGUGUUGGACUAUCCAACACCUGACCUUCACCGGCCAGUCAGGACUGGCGUCGUGAGAUGCAAUGCUUCUGUGAAACCGCCAGGGGGCGCUGCCCAUGGUGAGACCUCAAGGCGUAUGCAAAGAGAACCGUUGCGACUAUUUGUUUGUUAUACUUUACUUUUUAUUCUCAACACAUUGGCUCUUGUAUGAGGUGUAUUUAAUAUGUGAAUCAGCUUGUAUUUUGUAAUUGCCGUCUGCAUUUUUUACCUGUAUUUAUUUCAGUAUUAUUUAAUACUUAAAAGUUGUUCCCUUCCAAUCUGGAGACCAUUUACAUAGAGAGGGGGCUCAGCCAUUGAAGGUACGUUACAUAAAAUGGAUAUAAUUAAAACAUGUGCAAAUACAUAAUAGUCCAUCUUCCCCUCACUAUAUGCUCCGGUUUAUCUGAAAUGUACGGUAAUUAAUAUUCCUUAGUGUUUGCUUAAAAUGGAUUUAGCAUUUAUUCAAGCCUAUUCUAGGUUAAUUGGUUAAUUGGUCUUUGCUAAAUACAAUUUUGAAAAUAGAGGGUGGGGGGUUUACAUACACAAAGAUAUUUAGGAUUUAGUUGUAUUUGAUUUCAUGCUUAAUACCUUUACACAGAGAGAAGUUUAAUGAAUAGCAAAUCUUUUGGAAAUUAAAGAACUAUUGAAAAAAACAAUCGUAUAUCCUAUGCAUCUCUAGUGAUUUUGUUGAAAAUGUCAAAUCUGCUGUAUCAUGAUCCAGCUCCAGCUCUAUUCGCUGUUCCCCAGAGUCCUAGUCGUUAGCAAAACGGGGGUCACCUGUGCGAUUUUGUGUAGAGGGCAAGUUUUUGAAUUAUACAAGUUAUUACCUUGCCAGCAUAUUACACAUUUUUUGUGUCCUCCAUUUCACAAUCUCCGACCGCAGAGCACUUCCUUCCCAUCUUCAGUUGCAACGUCAGAAAAUGUUUUUUUACCAUAUAAUCCAAACCUUGUCAAAAUGAGUCAAUCUUGUGUGUUCUUGUCGUGAUGUGAUUACCAGUCAAGGGUGAAAGUAAUUCUGAUUCCAUCUGCUGUUUUUUUUAGAAAGGAACUUCAAUUCCAUUCCCUAAACAAAUGUUUGACCUAAUAGGUUAUUUUCAUCAUCAGAAAAUGAUAAGGAGACGUUCACGAUGACGUCAGUGCACGCUUCAUGCACUACCUGCCCUAAAUAAUAAUAAUAAUAAUAA